AAGAUGAGACAAUAUCAAUCCUGAGGAGAGAUGGUUCCUGGAUUACAAAUGGUACUAAUACCUAUUCUCCUAUUCCUAGGAGUCUUUAUAGAGUACGGAGAAGGAGGGAAUUCUUUAUCUUCCUCUCAUAUAGUAGUCCAGGAUACUGUAGUACCAACCUAUGGAAUACAAGGAAAGCAUGCUGUUCUAUCCUGCUUCUAUUCUCCCUUACAUGGUAUCUACGCGGUUAAAUGGUAUAAAAACGGAAUGGAAUUUUACAGCUACCUACCAGGAAGACCGCAUCCAAUUACUAUUCAUCCUUUAGAAGGAAUUCAUGUUGAUGUAUCGAGAUCUUCCUCCCAGUCAGUUUAUCUUCUAAACCUGAGUCUAGCAACUACUGGAAGGUUUAGGUGUGAGGUAAGCGGAGAAGCUCCUAUAUUUGCUACGGAUAGUAAAUAUGGAGAUAUGCUGGUUGUAGUUGUACCAGAUCAAGGACCAAUCAUACAUGGAGCUAAAACAAGAUAUGUACCGGGGGAGGAGGUACAACUGAAUUGUACUGCUGAGAACACUAAGCCACCGACCAACCUGACCUGGUACAUAAAUCAGAAACUGGUUCCAGAAACAUAUAUAACUAGAUAUCCAAUCGUCAACACAUCACAAGAUUAUGAAUAUUUACACACGAGCACAGUUGGACUUAAAUACAGGAUAAACAGGACGGACUUCGGAGCAGAGACAAACGAAAUCAGGAUAAAAUGCACCGCUUCUAUUUACGAUGCUUAUUACAAGGUUUCUGAAGUUUCUGCGGAGAAAAUCCGACGGUUUAGGAAGAAAACAGAGGAGAUUACUCCAGAUCCUGUAAGUGAGGACGAGAAGAAUGAUUUUGGGUUUCUUAGCUCCGGAGUCAAUAAUCCUUUAGGUUUUCUACUGUAUCCGGGUACACCCUGUAGCCCCUGUAUCCCAUGCAUCCCCUGUAUCAAUGUAUCAUGUUUGAUUGCAUAUUUACUAUUUUCCUGCGUCAGCUUUCAUCUGUGAUCUGUAUUAACUACUGUUGGACCCAAAAACAUUGUAAUAUAAAGACGACAUUCAAGCAAUCUGAAAUUUAUUUGAUGUUGAUAUGAAAAAAAUUUAAAAGAGCAGAGAACUAAGCAGAAUUUUUGUCUUUAGAGUAUUUAAAGUCCUUACUUGCGUGCAAUAGUCGUCUUCCCUUUUCACAGUUUUGGGUCUUACUGUAUUUAUUUAACUUUAUUCAACAAACAAAUUUUUCUAAUUUAAACAAUUUUAUAAAUUUCACAAAACACUUUUAUGUAAAAACUUAAAAGUUGAAUAGUUAAGUCCAAUUCCCCCCAAUUCAAUUAAAAUAAAAAUUUGAUGAAAGUGAAGAGAAAACAGAAUAUUAUUGAAAUAUGUACUAAGGCUUUCAUUA